GUAUAGUAUCUUCCUUGGAGAAAUGUCUAUUCAAGUCCUAUUCCUGUUUUUAAAUAGGAUUUUUUAAAUUGUUGAGUUGUAACAAUUCUUUAUAUAGUCUGGAUUCAAGUCCUUUGUCAGAUAAAUGAUUUGCAGAUACUUUCUCCCAUUCUAUUGGUUGUCUUCAUCUUCUUGAUUGUGCCUUCGAAGCACCAGAAUUCUUAAUUUUGAUUAAGGUCAAUUUAUUUUUUUCUUUGGUUGCUUGUGCUUUUUGUGUCUUUUCUCAGAAACCAUUGCUUACCUCAAGGCUCAUGAAGAUUUAUUCCUGUUUUCUUCUAAGAGUUUUAUAGUUUUAGCUCUUAUGUAUUUAAAUCCAUGUGUUUAACUUAUGUCAAUUUAACUUUUGAAUAUGAUGUGAGGUGGGAUUCCAACUUCAUUCUUUUUCAUGUGUGUAUCUGGUUGUCCCAGCACCAUCUGUUGAAAAGACUAUUCUUUUCCCAUUGAAUUGUCUUGGCACCCUUGUUGAAAGUAAACUGACUAAAAAUAUGUCAUUUGUCAGAGUGAACCGCUGUGGUCCCCGAGUUGGUGUAAGAAAGACACUGAAAGUAAAGAAGAAGAAGACUUCAGUGAAACAAGAAUGGGAUAAUACUAUGACUGAUCUGACAGUUCAUCGGUCAACUCCUGAAGAUCUGGUACGUCGUCAUGAAAUACACAAAUCAAAGAAUAGAGCGUUAGUACACUGGGAACUCCAAGAAAAAGCUUUGAAGAGAAAGUUGAGGAAGCAGAAACCAGAAACUUCAAAUCUGGAGAAAAGAAGAUUGUCUAUCAUGAAGGAGAUUCUUUCUGAUCAAUAUCAGAUGCAGGAUGUAUUGGAGAAAUCUGAUCAUCUGAUAGCUGCAGCAAAAGAGCUGUUUCCUCGUAGGCGAACAGGGUUUCCAAAUAUAACAGUGGCUCCUGAUUCCUCUCAGAGCCCCAUUGUGGUAAAUCAAGACCCUGUCACCCAAUCUAUCUUUAAUGAGUCUGUCAUAGAACCUCAGGCUCUUAAUGAUGUAGAUGGUGAAGAAGAAGGAACUGUGAAUAGCCAGUCAGGAGAAAGUGAGAAUGAGAAUGAGUUUGAUAACUCUCUCAACUCUCAGUCUAACAUGAAUACAGACAGGUUUCUCCAGCAACUAACAGAGGAGAAUUCUGAGUUAAUUAAUAAGUUGUGGACUGAUAUUCAGCAGAAAAUGGCAACCCAGUCACAAAUAACUCCUCCAGGAACGCCAUCAUCUGCUCUUUCAUUAGGGGAACAAAGAGCUGCUCUCAAUGCUACCAGUGCUGUCAAGAGACUCCAAACCAGGCUUCAGCCUGAAGAAGCUACUGAGACUUUAGACUCAAGCUCUGUUGUGGGACACAUGCUGAACUCAAGGAAGCAAAAACAGCUGUUAAAUAAAGUGAAAAGAAAACCGAAUUUGCAUGCUCUUUCCAAGCCGAAGAAAAACAUGUUAUCAGGUAGCACAACCUCUGCAGACUUACCAAAUAGGACUAAUUCCAGUCUGGAUGUCCUCAAACACAUGAUACAUGAAGUGGAACAUGAAAUGGAAGAAUACGAGCGGUGGACAGGUCGUGAGGUCAAGGGACUGGGGAGCAGUCAGGGUCUUUCAGGCUUCACUUUGUCGCUGGUGAGCUCCCUCUGUCGCCUGGUUCGGUACCUUAAAGAGAGUGAGAUCCAGUUACGUAAAGAAGUAGAGACAAGGCAACAAUUGGAACAAGUAUUAGGUGAUCAUCGAGAGCUCAUUGAUGCUCUGACAGCUGAAAUUCUUCUUCUUAGAGAAGAAAAUGCUGCUACACAGGCAAGACUUCAGCAGUAUAUGGUCACAACAGAUGAGCAACUUACAUCACUCACACAUGCUAUUAAGAACUGUCCAGUGAUAAAUAACAGACAAGAAAUUCAGGCAUCAGAAAGGGGAACCACAGGUAGAAGAGUUAUGGACAGUCCAGAGGGUCCAGUUGUAAAUGCCAAUAUCUCAGUGCCAUUGGUGUUAGAGGAAGAAGUGGUUGAAUUCCCACAGGAAGAGCUGCCUGUUAAACUGUCUCAGGUGCCAAAUCCUCCAGAUAGCAUGAAUCUGGCCAAGAAUUUUCCCGCACAUAUUUUUGAGCCAGCUGUGUUGUUAACACCACCCAGGCAGAAGAGCAACUCAGAAUUCUCUCCUCUGCAGGACGGUAAGGCUUCUUCUGAAUUUACAUUAUUAAGAAGGACUGUUCAAACUCGUCCUGCUCCACGAAUUCCUCCAACUGUGGAAAUACUUGAGAAGGAACAAAACUGGGAAAAGAAGACCUUACCUAUUGAUACAGACAUUCAGAAUUCAAGUGAAGAGAGUCGUCUCUUCACUCAGAGGUGGAGAGUCUCUCAUAUGGGAGAAGAUUUGGAGAACAAAACUCAGUCUCCUUUUGUUAACCUCUCACAGCCCCUCUGCAAUUCCCAUUCCAACAGUCAACAUUCAAGAAACCCCACAUUCUCAGAAGAGCGCCCAGUACUGGGAGAUGGGCAGCAGCUGAGAACAAGUGAGGCAUUAAUACAAAGAAAGGACAUAGUAGCACGAAUUGCUGAGUUGACGCUGCAGAAUCCAGCUAUCAAGGCACCUAUGAAUAAUACUAUUGAACCCGGAGGAGAGCAAGGGGACGGACUCUGGGAGUUGAAGAAACAAGAAAGUGCAAGUGACAUGACUUCUACUUUUCCAUUGGCACAGUCUCUAGCACCAGGUAGUAUGGAGGAACGGAUUGCAGAAUUGAAUCGACAAAGUAUGGAGGCUCGUGGAAAACUACUGCAGUUGAUAGAGCAGCAGAAACUUGUUGAUUUGAAUCCUUCUCCACCAACGUCACCUGUUCACUUACCUCUCAGAGCAUGGACUGAAGGAGGAAAGAGGACAAUUGAGGUAUCUAUUCCAGGAGCAGAAGCCCCAGAAAGCUCAAAAUGUAGUACUGUCUCUCCUGUCAGUGGGAUAAAUACAAGAAGAUCUUCCGGGGCUACUAGUAAUUCUUGUUCUCCACUAAAUGCCACCUCAGGAAGUGGGAGAUUCACACCUCUUAAUCCAAGAGCAAAGAUUGAAAAACAGAAUGAAGAAGGCUGGUUUGCUCUUUCUACCCAUGUAUCAUAAGUGAAGUCAAGUCUCACGGAGUUUGUUCUUAGUAACUUAUUUUUGACCUUCCACUCCCGUUUCCCUGCUUUUAAGUUUUUAUAUCCUUUCAAGUAAAACCUACAAAGAUCCUGUGAAUUAAUAACAAAGAAACGAAAGCAAUUAUUUUUUGACUUUUUCAAAUAAGUUUUCAACUAGCCUGCAGUUGAAACCAACUGGCCUGCAGCUCCCGGUGAAUGAAAUUUUGACUGUACAGAAGUAAAAUUUUGUAUUUUAAUACUUUCUUAAGAAUUUUAAGGGUCUUUUUUUGAUGAAUACAUUUUUACCAUUGUCAUCUUUAUUCAGGUUUUUUUGAGGUUUAGUGCAUCUUAAAUGUUGAUCCAUUUCAUUCCCCCCCCUCCCCCGAAGAACUAAUUUGCUUUGAGUGGAACUUAAAAUAAAAUUCCUCUGUGUGAGUAGAGUCUGGCCUUCAGGAAAAUGCAGCAUCCACUUUUCUUUCUUUUUUUGAUGGGAUGUCAUUGCUGUCUGUCACUUUUUCUGUCAAGUGAAAUAUACAACUUUAAAAAAAUAGAUGUGGGAGUAUUUGUUUAUAUUUGCUUAAGCAGGUAAGAGCGGUUGUAGUUAUUACAAAAUCUUACAUAGUUUUGAAAUGUGAAAAUGUCAUCAAUAAUGGUAAUGCAAAUCAAAUAAAUAAUGAUUUUAGAGCUCAAAUGCCUAAAUGUGGUAACACUGAUUUAAUGGUAUAUUGAAUGUUUCAAACAAUUAAAUAGAAAACGUUGCUAUCGG